GGCUUUCAGAUAAAGAUAAUAUUCAAUUUCUACAAGAAACAAUAAUGCAAACAUAUCCAAAUAUUUUUGAUCAUUAUUCGCAAACCAUAAAAGCAUUUAAUACUGAGAAAACUUUAAAAAAUUCUCUUACCUAUACAAAAUACCAAUUACAAACAGCUAUGGAAAUAGAAAAAACUUCUAUAAGAAAAGGAAUAGCUCUUAAUAAAUUUGAAAAAUACUUAUCACCUCAUGAAACACAAGCUCUAAUGGAUAUUUGUUUUUUGAAAGCAGUAGCUGUAGGCAGAUUAGAGGCUAGAAUUUCUCGACACACGGCACAAAGUUUUUUAGCAACCAUAGGUGUUACAUCACAAUGUACUAAAGCAAUUUAUCAUUAUCAUCAGCAUUAUUUAUUUUCAAAAAUUAUCAAAUCAGCAAAAUUAUCAGCAAGUAAUACAAUUAUAAAAUGCAUAAAUAAUACUGAAAAAACACUUACUGAACAAUUUAACUCAACUAAAUUGGA